AUGGACGAUGAUGAAGAACUUGGUAAUGAAUGGGGAAUUUCUAGUAGUUAUGUUUCCGCAUCAUCUAAACCUGCUAAAGCUGUUGUUAAAGAAACUAAGGUGGUUAGCUCAGUGAAUCAGCUACCCAUGCGGAACGAUAAGAAGUCAUCGUCGUCGGAUUCUGGUCCAAGUUCCAGCCGAAGUGAAAACAGUCAGAAAUCAACAGAUCAGAAUAACAAGAAUAGUAAAGGCGGCGAUCAGGAUCGCAAGACAGCGAUUCAAGCAAUUGUAAUUUUAGAUUCCGAUGAAGAAGUGGAUGAAAAGAUUCAAGUGGUGGAGAAUCUCAGCGAUAAAAAAUCCGAUCAAAAAAGACCUUCCCAUCAUACCAAACGUGGAGAUGGAGGGAUAUUCGAACCUCUUAAGUUGCAAUCUGAUGUAGCCCACGAUGAAAAUACUGUUAAAUUGUUUAGUGAUAUAGACUCUGAUUCUACAUUAUCGGUAGAAGAUAGUGAAGACUUAAAGAGCACUAAACACGAACAUGUUGAAGGACACAGUAAGGAAUCUCAGGAUGAAAUGAGCCAGACCCAAAUUAAGAUCAAGCCAGCCGCAGAAACAGCAUUAGAUCACUUGUCGAUUCCUAAAGAGAACAACAACAAUAAUUCUAACUUGUCUCCGUUGAAAGAUAAACCUGUGAGCGAUGUUAAUCAGCAACCAAGGAAGACGGAAAGAGCCAAAAAUGAUCUUUCAAAGUUGUUACACAAUUCCAAUUCUUCAGUCCUUAAGCAUGAUAACAGGAGUCACAGCAACAUUUAUUCUACAUCUAACGACAAACCUGUUAAAUCGCCUAUAACCCAUGAUAGGAAUAGCGAUCAAAAUACAAGUUUAAGAAGCUUCAAUCUUGAUCAUGAUAUACCGAGCACUUGCGCAAUAGACUCUCCAGUACGAUCUCGCGAUGGAAAAGAUGAUAAUUAUAAUUUGCCAGGAAUUGAUUCGAUUUCAAGCUUGCCGAGUUGCUCUACCGUUAUGGAUAAGGUACCUGAAAAUUUAUUAAAUUACAAGAACGACGAUGUAACAGGUGCAAGGAAAAUGGAAGCUUUCUCCCCAUUACAUUCUGAGACAUCACAUGGCGAAUAUCUAGGCAUGUCUACAUUAAACGGUGAGAAAGACAUCGAAAAUGACCCUGAAGCAAGUGAAAUAAACCAACUUGAUUAUACUCGAAAAAUGGAAUCCGUAGAUAUGUUUGCGACGAACGCAAAGAAGGAUACGCAAAAGCGUAAACGUAAAAGGAUUGAUAAUGCUCAACCAAGUAACUCUAAGAUGCAAAGACAAGAAAUAAUACAGGAAAAGCGAAAGGCAAAAUCUAGGAAAGAGGUAGAAAAAAAGGUCGCUAAAUUAAAUACCAUGGAACAUUGCAUUGAACUCAUGUCUGUCCAAGCGGACCGCCGUUUACUAGAAGUUGACGGUGGUGAGGAAAUUUGGAAUUGUCUGAAGAAAAGUAAGGCGCAUUGUAAGAUAGCCGAUAAUGAUGUAAAAAAUACUGUGUUGUGGAAAUGUGAAAGUAUUGGAGUUUUCGAAAAUGAUGACAAGGUUAAAGUGAAUCACACUGCUACAGAAACGGAAGACAUCAUGGUCUACAUCACUUGUUUAAACUUUUUACAGAAAGUCACGAAUGAAUACUAUGUAAUGUUAUGUUAA